UUUAUUUAACAUCAACUUUCAUUAACAUGCUCAGAAGCGACGUUUUCUUUCGAUUACUGUACCUUAAUGAAAAUUAUCUAUAUAAGUUGCUAUUUAGGGUUUGCGAUAUUUGCCAGUGGCUGAGCUUGCCGACGUGCGAGGCAAGCUGUUUUCCCUCUCACUGAAUUCUAGCCAAAGGGCUUAUCAAGCGAAGCUACUAAAAGUCGCCGCUAACAAUAAGUUCGAUCUUGCUCAAUUCAAUCCGCAUGGAAUAUCGUCGUUUGAGUUUAGGGCCAACGACCUUGUAGCGGUCGGCGAUGGUAAGUUCUUCCUGGUCAAUGACCGGAUGUUCAACCAGCCGAUCCUGCGUAGAGCUGAGAUGCUUCUACAACUAAAACUGGGCAGCAUCAUCUACUACGACGAUGCUAUUGCAGAGGCGAAGAUCGUCGAACAGUUUGUCAGCAUGCCGGCCGGCAUAGCUAUCGAUCGCCGUCAAAAGUAA